CAUCAUCCCACGCAGUCCUUGGAAAUUCAGGUUCUUUGGGGGGAUUGAAAUUCACCAUGUCCCAAUUUCAACUUACCCUGGCUACCAAAGCCAACCAGGCGGCUCUGCUUCCUGUGCUUCUGAUUGCAACUUCUGUGAACGAGGCCCAGCCCAGCCCAGCCAUUACCAUCACCUACGAGGAUACCGCACUCCUCCAGCAGGGUGACAAGGCAGUUGUCGAGUUCACCGGAGCAAGUGGCACCCCUGUGCAUGGAACCCAGAAUGCUAUCCAGGAAUUGCGCAGCACUUUCCCUUUCCUCAACAGCAAAGAGGAGAAGCUGGAGAACGAGUGGCUCUCUGAAGUCGAGUCCUUCACUGCCCUAGACUUCAAGACUCUGGAUCCUAAGCUCCAGCAGCUCAACACUCACCUCCUCCUGCGCUCUUUUGUAGUCGGAUACUCUCUCUCCACCGCCGACAUUGCGCUUUGGGGUGCCCUUCGUGGAAACCGUGUCGCUAUCUCUACGGUCCGCAAGGGCACUUUGGCCAACAUCACUCGUUGGUUCACAUUCCUCGAAGACCUCUGCCCCUGGGCGGCCACCGCAGUUGAGGCUAUGAAUGCCACUGCCAAGGAGAAGAAAACCGCAAAGGCCAAGGAGGGCGCCAGCUAUGACAUUGCCCUUCUCAACACCGAUAAGGGUGUUGUCACUCGUUUCCCUCCUGAGCCCUCCGGCUAUCUUCACAUUGGUCACGCCAAGGCCGCCCUUCUAAACGAUUACUUCGCUCACGAAAAGUAUAGCGGUACUCUGCUUGUCCGUUUCGAUGACACCAACCCUUCCAAGGAAAAGCUGGAGUUCCAGGAUGCUAUCGUGGAGGAUCUUGCUCUGAUGGGUAUCAAGCCUGACAAGACCAGCUUCACCAGUGACUACUUUGAUGAGCUUUACGACUACGGAGUCCAAAUAAUCAAGGACGGAAAUGCCUAUGCUGACGACACCGACAAAGAGACUAUGGCCUCCCAGAGAAUGAACGGAGAGCCCAGCAAGCGCCGUGAUGCCACCGUUGAGGAGAAUUUGGCUCAUUUCGAAGAGAUGAAGAAGGGUACUGAGGAGGGUCUGCGCUGGUGUAUCCGUGCCAAAAUGUCCGUCGAUAACCCUAACAAGGCUAUGCGCGACCCUGUUAUCUACCGCUGCAAUCUAACCCCCCACCACCGUACCGGUUCCAAGUGGAAGAUCUACCCCACCUAUGACUUCUGCUGCCCGAUCGUGGACUCGAUGGAAGGAGUUACCCACGCCCUGAGAACUAUUGAGUACCGUGACCGCAACCCCCAGUACCAGUGGUUCUUGGACACUCUCAAGCUCCGCCAUGUCCAGAUCUGGGACUUCGCCCGCAUGAACUUCAUCCGCACUUUGCUCUCCAAGAGAAAGCUGACUAGACUGGUGGAUGAGGGCGUUGUCUGGGGCUGGGAUGACCCCCGAUUCCCCACCAUUCGUGGUAUCAGACGCCGCGGAAUGACCAUUCCUGCUCUGCGCGAGUUCAUUCUCAAGCAGGGUCCUAGCAAGAACAUCACCAACCUUGACUGGACCCUCAUCUGGGCCACCAACAAGAAGUACAUCGACCCCGUUGCUCCCCGUCACACCGCCGUGCUCAAGAAGGACUCUGUCAAGGCCAUCAUCAAGGGAGGCCCUGCUGCUCCAUACACUGUGGAUAAGCCCAAGCAUAACAAGAACCCCGAUGUUGGCACAAAGAAGGUCGUCUACAGCAGCUCAAUCCUCUUCGACCAGGAGGAUGCCAAGAGCUUCAAGCAGGAUGAGGAGAUCACGCUCAUGAACUGGGGCAAUGCGUUCGUCCGUAAGAUUGUGACUGAUGCCUCUGGUGUCGUCACUGAGCUCGAGUUAGACCUCAACGAGCAGGGUGACUUCAAGAAGACUGAGAAGAAGGUCACCUGGUUGUCCACCGACCAGGAUCUGAUCCCUGUUGAGUUGGUUGACUUUGACUAUCUCCUUAACAAGGACUCGUUGCAGGAGGAUGACCGCCUCGAAGAUGUCCUGAACCCCAAGACAGAGUUCCGCGAGGAUGCUGUGGCUGACUGCAACGUUGCCGACCUAAAGGAGGGCGACAUCAUCCAGUUUGAGCGCAAGGGAUACUACCGCCUCGAUCAGCCAUACUCCCCUGGCAAGCCGGCCGUCCUGUUUAACAUUCCUACAGGCAAGACUGGCAAAUAGACUAGUCUCGUUGAAAAAGAAAAGAUUCACUUACGGCUUCAUGAGAAUAUGCCUCGCACGCAGGUAGACGAUACACAUAUUAUACAUAGCCUUGAUAACUAGAAGAAUAUAUACGCAUACAAAUAUAGGGCAUACAUUGUACAUAGCGAUGAACAGCCUACGCAUGUUGAGUUCUUCAUUCACCGUGUUCAUUUCUGCAAUAACUUGGUGCUCCAGCAACCCAGUGUCGUUAACAUAAAUGUGUACGGGUCGAUUGGGAAUCUUGACUAGGGCUAUCG